UAAGGCGCGCCAGUACGUGCGUAUUUGCACUGACAUGAUAUUGACGCACAUACGGUAAAUUUUGUGGCCCAUUAUUAUUGCACAACUUCUGGAAAUUAGUUAUUUUUAGGUUAUUAAUAAACGCAAGGAAAUAGUGCUUCUCUUGUUUUUAACCGACUGUAGGUUGACAACCAACCAACAUCAUUUCAAUUUCAGCUGUUCUAACUGUAGCCAGUGUAGGUGCAGCCUUUACAAGCUGAAGUGAGAAUUUACGUCUGUCGUCUGUUCAGCUGUUUGUUGGAGUUGCACAACAAACCCUAAUCUGCAUUGAACUACAAUUUUGUAAGACUCAAGGUGCUGUAACUAAGAUGGCAUCGACUGGUAAAGUCGUCACGCCCGUUCCAGAGACCUCCCCACUGCGAAACCCGUGGAAAGUUCCCGCUGCGACGGCCCCAGCAUGCUCCCUGGCCAGCGUGAUGGAUGAGGAGUUUGCCAAGAAGUUGCAGCAAGAUGAGGAGACGGGGACGGGAAGGGUUGAUACAGGAGGACAACAGGCACAAAGUUCCCUGACUGACUACAAGUACGCACGGACCCUACAAGCUGCUAGCGGCAGCAGCAGUGGUACCACAGACACAGACAGCGACCUGCUGCUGGCUCAGAUGCUGCAGCUGCAGUUUGACAAGGAACACGACGACUUGCUGGACGUGGAGGAGAAAAAGAAGAACGCCAACAGCAAAGUGGGUAUCUCCUAUGCCAACUUCCGUGCAGUGCAUCCAGCUAUACGCAAAGAUGAUGAGUUUGCAUUUGACGUUACCUCUGACAGUGAUGAUGAAGAUGAUGACGACGAAACAUGGGAAUACACUGAAAAGGGAGUGUCCUCACCAAAAAAGAUCCCAACUACAAAAGACAAGAACGGCGUCAUGACAACGAAACACGACGCUGCUGUUUGCGGGAGGAAGAACGCAUCUAAAGUCAUGGAAAAAUUCCCGCCAGGCUUCAACAGUGGUGACGACGUUGGAAUGGACAUGAAGCUCCCCAAUAACGUCUUCAAUUCACUCAAGCAGCACAGCCAGAUGGCUGAGCGCAAGACGCAUCGUGUGCAUGAAAAGAAAGAACACUCCACUGCGGUCAUGGCCAUGGACCCCAAUACUAGACUACUCCUGUACAAGUUGGUCAACAACGGCAUCUUAGAAUCAGUGAAUGGAACAAUCAGCACUGGGAAGGAGGCCGUGGUGCUUCAUGCUAACGGAGGCCAGCACCAGAGGUUGCUGGUCCCACGUGAGUGCGCCCUCAAGGUCUUCAAGACGACACUGAACGAGUUCCGGACGCGCCGGAGGUACCUGCCCGAUGCACUGAGUCGUAUGAACCCACGCAAGAUCAUCAGCAUGUGGGCUGACAAGGAACGAAUGAACCUCAACAUGAUGCGUAAGGCAGGCGUCCGUUGUCCAGAGGUCAUUCUCCUCAAGAAACACAUCUUGGUUCUGUCCUUCAUCGGUGAGCAUCAGCAAGCCGCUCCUAAGCUCAAAGAUGCGCAGUUAUCGCCUGAUGACAUGCUGCUUGCUUACGAACAGUGCACAGAGAUGAUGGAGAGGAUGUACAAGCGCUGCCAACUGGUCCACGCAGAUCUGAGCGAGUACAACAUGAUGUGGUUCAAUCACGAAGUCUGGUUCAUCGACGUCAGCCAAUCAGUGAAGCCAUUUCAUCCGGAGGGGCUCAAAUUCCUGCUUCGGGAUUGCACCAAUGUCUCCAAUUUUUUCACUCAUCGAGGUGUUCCAAAUGUCGCCACACCCAGAGAGCUGUUCAACAGAAUCACCGACCUGAAUUUACAAGAUGGGAGCGAGCAAGAAUUCAUUGCUCAGAUUGAGGUGAUCACAGAAGCAGAGGAGUUCAAAGCCCUUGCGCCAGACGAGAAGAAUUUUGCCUUUGACUACUUCUUUGAACAGACCACGGCAGAGAGGAGCGAACGAGAACGGAAGAAGAGCGAGGGACAGGGAGGGGGCGGAGAUGACAGGCAAAAAGAGGAGGAGGAGGCGGACGAUUCAAAUUAAUGUAUUAGCCUGCUUUUAACUUUAAUACUGAACUCCCUUUCACACUAUCUGCUUUGGCCUCGUGGUUAAGGGCACUGGAUUCGUGGUCUGUGGGUAAAGCUGCGGGUUGUGGGUUCAAGUCCAGUCAUGGUGCGUGUACCCUUGAGCA